UUUGACUCGAAGAAGUAGUGAAAAAUAGUUCAGAAGUUGAGUUCUCCGUGCGAUGAUAUUUUUUGUUUAAAUUUAAGCAAUUUGUAGAGUUGCUUGUUACUGAAAAUUAAUCUGGUGACUUAGUUCUUUGGAAUUCUAAAACUAAAAUUGUGUUAUCGUGAAUUUAUCUUUUUUCCUCUCGACUCAGAAGUGUUUGAAACGAAAUCUUCUUCAAGAAACUAUUGUUAAAGUUCCAAGAAUUUUUUAAUCCAACGUGUGAAAUUGAAAGCUUAAAGAACUUUUAGAAAAAGGCAUAUUUUCACACGAAAAAGUUGAGCACUUGAGAAAAUCGAUAAUUGAGACAUUAAACUAAGUUGGAGCGGCUCAACAAAUUUCCCUACAACAAUCUGAGAGACUGUGUGGGAAAAUCGAAAGAAAUUCUAUGAAUAUUAAAUUUUAUUUCUAGAUUUCGAUAACACUUUCUUCGAAUUGUAAUAAAAAUGUUAAAAUAUUUGACGCACAAACUUAAGACUCAAUCGAUUAACGAGGAAAACUCUAACGAAAAGAUUGAGUGUCACGAUUCUGGAACGGAGUCAGAUGGUGAUUUGGAUACUGAAGACUUUAAUGAACGAGAUAUAGAAUUAAGUAUGAGUUCACAUCAUGAUAAAACAUCGCCGGAAUGUUCCACUGGGUCGCCGGCAUUCUUAAGUCCUUCUUCGAAUCUUUUCUAUGAUCAACAUAGCUCUGAAGAAGAACUUGAAGUUAUUAUGACAAAACCAUUAGAUACGCUUGUGGAAAUGUCAUAUAGUAAUGAGAAUAUGGACCAGAAUCAAAAGGUGAAGAUUAAUCAUGAAGAUCGAUCACCGAAGCGCUGUAGCAGUUCCACAUUUUUAGAAAAGCGCAAGCGUUCGCUUGCUCAUAAUUCAGAUGAUGAAGUGAGACAAUUCCUCGAAUCACAUUCAUAUCACCAUCAUAACAUGUUAGCGCCAGUCAAUUUUCGAACAUCGCCUCCAUUGGAAGCACUGAAACCCCAUAGAGGCCAUUUGUUGCUGAAUCAUCAGCAUAUUAAUCGUCAUAGUCCACAUCAGCCACUAUCAGUACAACAGCGUUCAGUAACGCCACUCAUUCUCGUUGAAGCGGGACGUGGUAUCGAGAAUAUUCGAAUAUCGUGUGAUAGUCCAUUAACGACCUCAAAUGGCAGCGGAACUUCGUCCACGCCAUCUUCAUCAUCCUUAGACUUACGUUCAAUCAGUCCGCCGGCGAAAGUUUUUGCUGUUUCGCCGCGCCAUAGAAAUCGAACGCCACGCAAUCACCAAUUGCAGCGACUUCAACGACGACCAUGUUUGGACUUUGAUAAGAUGCAAUUGAAAGCUCGAUCGGUCACAUCGUGGAGCAGCAAUGAUGGUGAUUCACUGUCAGUAUUUUGCUGGUGAUAAGUUUUCAUAGUUUUUUCUACUUGCGCAAAUUGGAAAUUGUUUUGUUAUUUUUUUUCUUUGAAAUUAGUUUGUCGAUCGAUUCACUUAAGGACGGGUUGAGUUUUAGAAAUUGAAAUUGAAAUCCUUGUAAUUUCAAGUUCUCUUUAAUAAUGAAAAAAAAAAUUAUAGCAAUGUAAGAAAAAAUAAUCAAAAGGGAAGCGCAGUUGUUAGUCUGGUGUUUCUUAAGUGAAUCUCGCACAACAUAGAAGAACAUCCUCGGUUCUUAAUUAAAACUUUCUUUCGCAGCUGAACAUACAAAAGUUAAUUCUUUUGUGUACAACGGAAAAGAAACUUUUUUUUUAUCAAUUUUUUCGAUUCUUGGCAAUUUGAAAUGCUUUUGAGUAUGAAAAAGUUUUUUUAAGUUACAUGACAUCAAAUUGUUUAAAAGUUCAUGAUGUUUCAUUCAAUUAUUGUUAGAAAAAGCUGCAGGGAAAUUUUGCAGUUCAAACUUUUCUUUCUCGAGAUUUUUAAGGAAAUUUUUCUUUAUCUUCUUCUUAUGAUUGAAGAAACUUGUCGAAGAAAACUUGUCGUUUAUCAAAAGGGAAAGAGAAAUAUUGAACAUGAAACAAUAUUUUGAUAUUUUUGUGAAAGAUGAAAUUCAUAAUGAAAAAUUGAUGAAAAUGUUAAUAUAAAAAUGAUGAAGAGAAUUUUUGAAUCAUCGUCAUUAUCAUCGAAACAGUCAAGAAUGAAUUAAAAAACAAGAAAGAAAAUUGAAAAUCAUCAUUUGAUAAGAUUUUAAGAAACAUUUGUAAUCAUUAAGCAAGAGAAGCAUGAAAACAAACACACAUACACACAAAUUACAAUUAAUUUAUAGCUCAUAAGUGAAGUGGAAGAGGAUUGAGAAUAUUAUUUUAGAAUUUUUAUAAGUAAGAUGAGAAAGGUGAUGAAACUCACAUAUUAACAUUGAACGAAAGUCAAAAGUUCUUUUUUUAUAAAACAUAAUUUUGAAUUCUUUCCCCACUUUCCAAAAGAAAGAAAAUUGUUUUUCUUAGACACUCAAAGCAUUAUGAGAAAAUGAAAAAUGUGCAAAAAUUUAAGAAAGCAUGAAAAGCAAAUUUGUGAUGAAGAAAAAAUGGAAAAUUGUUUGAAAACAACAUGUAUGAUGUUGGUAAUUGAAGAUAAUGGAUUGUGAACUCUUCAAUGGUUGGUCAUUGAACAUGAUAGAAAAAGAAACAGAGAAUGAAAAUCUCAUUUAUCAAGCAAAAGAUACAAGAAACGAAUUUACUUUCCCAAGCGAAAAAAAAAGAAACUGAAACUGUGGAAAAAAAGAAAUUUUUAGUUUAGAUCGAAGUGAAGACAAGAAAAAGAACUUGACAAUUUUUGCUCCAUUUUUUCGUACAUACAAAAGUACAUUCAAACAUUUCAUUCUACAAUAUAAAAAGUUUUUAAUUUUUCUAAUUUUAUGGUUUUGUUGUAUUAAAGCAUUAGAACUAUUAAUGAUUACUUAUCUAUUGAAGUUUGGUAGCUUGCGUCACAAAACUACCUAAAAUUAAAUAAGAAAGGAUAAAUCUACUAUUUUUGAGCGACAUUCGAUAAAUGAUUGGAAUGUCAUAAAAGAUUGGAAACUUUCAAAGAAUUUUACAAGAGGGAAUGUUUGAGAAAUUGGAAAAAUAUUUUUACAUAUUUGAAUAAUCUUCAGCUGAUGGAACCAAUUGAAAGAAAAUAGGAAUGAAAACCAUUGAAAAUUAAAAAGAGGGAAACAAAGAAAGAAAUUGUUACAUUUAGCUUUGUAGUGAGAUUGAAAAAGAAAAAAAAUACUUUUCUUUGAUGUCAAAUUUUCUACGACAUCAGAAAUGAAGAUAAAAUGUUUUCUUAUUGAACGAAAAGUUACUUCUUUCAAUGAUGGAA